AGCAAAGAACGUGCGUGCACUUGUUAAGAUUACAGUCAGCCGUGUAACUUGGUGUAACUAUAUAUAUAUUCCGCAGAGAAACACAUAUAUUCUAGUCUUGUCAAUUGUAUUGUACACGUAUACAAAUGAGUGAGUCGUUCUCUGGAAUGACAUAAAAGAAUUUCGUGCUGCGGAAGAUAGAGCGUUAGGAGAUAAGCUAGUUUUUUAAUUUCUCAGUCAAACAACUGCUAUCAAAAAUUGUAGACGGAACAGUUUGUUUAGCUUAUACGAGUCAUAUAUCGAACACACGGGUAACCGUAACCGGGUAACUGCCGUGCGGUGCGGUGGCGUGUUAAAGGUGUCCGAAGGUUCGCUUUGCUAUUAAACCGUCGCGCGUUAUUCGUAGCAAUUAAAGCCGAUGAAUAUAUUAAAAAACAUCUCAUCGGCGUUUUGGUCGCCCAACAUUUGGUUACCGCAUAAUAUAACAUGGGCCGAUAUAAAACCGACUCCCUUAAACAAAUAUGCGGAUUAUCAACAUUUAAUCUAUCCUCUGCCCAUGGCAUUGGUACUUCUGGUGAUCAGAUACGCCCUGGAAAGGUACUGUUUUGCACCUGUUGGUAAAUCGUUGGGUAUAAGAAAUACCAGAAAUAAGAAAGCCACACCAAAUGAAAUCUUAGAGAAAGCCUACACUAGUCGAAAGAUAAAACACAAACAGAUUCUGGCGCUGGCUAAGCAAUUAGAUUGGUCCGAACGUCAAGUUGAAAGGUGGUUGCGAUUGAGAAGAGCUCAGGACAAGCCGUCGACGCUCACUAAGUUCUGCGAGAACAGCUGGAGAUGUUUGUACUACACCUAUUCCUUCAUCUAUGGGUUGAUCAUCUUGUGGAACAAGCCCUGGUUGUGGGACAUCAAACAUUGUUACUAUAACUAUCCUUAUCACCCUGUAUCGAACGAUGUUUGGUGGUAUUAUAUGAUAUCCAUGGCGUUCUACUGGUCGCUUAGUUUCUCACAGUUCUUUGACGUUAAGAGAAAGGAUUUCUGGCAGAUGUUCAUUCAUCACAUAGCCACGAUAGUAUUAAUGUGCUUCUCUUGGGUGGGCAAUCUUACCAGAAUCGGUACUUUGGUGUUGUUAGUGCACGAUUGUGCUGAUAUUUUUCUAGAAGCUGCCAAAAUGGCUAAAUACGCUAAUUACCAGAAAGUAUGUGAUUGUAUAUUCGUUAUUUUUACUGUACUGUGGAUUAUUACUCGCAUCGGUGUCUAUCCAUUCUGGAUAAUUCACAGCACGUCGAUAGAGGCACCUAAAAUAGUACCGAUGUUCCCAGCUUACUAUAUUUUCAAUUUCUUAUUAAUUUUACUAUUAAUACUUCACAUGAUCUGGACCUACUUAAUCUUAAAAAUCGCGUACAACGCUUUUUACGCUGGUCAAAUGGAAGGUGAUAUUCGUAGCAGCAGCAGCGAGGACAUCUCUGACAAUUCUUUAGAUUAUGCGCCGUUACAUAAUUCCGUGAACUCUACGCAAAAUUCUAGACAAAGGAUUCACUAACGUUUAAACGUACUCCUUAAGUCGAUAAGGAUUGAAAUAGCCAGGCGCUAAUUUAUUUCAGUGAAUUUUAAUAUAUCUCCUUGCAUUUAUUGUAGUACGAUAAUUAAUUAAAUCUUCGAUAAAAUUACACGAAAAAAAGGUCGUGGACCUACGAGAUACUCCAUCAUUUUUUUAAGAUAAUAAUUAGCGUUUCUUAUUGCCUAAAAGUAAAGGAAGUCAUUCAAAUCUA